CUUCUUCAUUGAUCAUGCUCAUAAGAAGACACAAUGGGAUGAUCCAAGAUUUCAAAAUCAGCCAAAGCAGAGUCAGCAACCAUCACAGACAACACCUGCUGCUGCAGUUUCAUCCUUGGGUUAUGGUGGCGGUAGCUCAAUAAAGCCAUAUGCCGCUGUUGCCUUACAAGAUUUGAGCCCUGGCCAACCCCAAAGAGACAGAAGACAAAACAGUCGCAGCAAUGUCCGAGAAAGCUCACUCACUAACGAAGUGGAUACAGCAUUGGUCAACAAACUGAAUGCUGAGUUUCCUAAUGCUACAAAGGAACUCAUUACUGACAUGCUUGUUCUUUGUCACAACAGUGAAAGACAGACAAGAGAGCAGCUGAAAGAUUUAGGCUUCUUUGUGAACAACUCAACAUCAGCGAGCAACAACCACGCUUCACCCCAGAAGAAAUCAAGUAUAGGCACAGUAUCCACAGGAAAGCCAACAGACAGACAUCCAUUAGCAGCCACAGCGGCAGCUCCAACAUCUCCAGCUAAGAAAGAGAUUUCAGAUGUUGAAAAACGGAAACUGUUGGCUCAGACAAAGGAGCUCUUCCCCAAACUGGAUCAGAAUGUGCUCCUUAUUGCCUUGAAUGAGUGCCACUUCAACCUGCAGGAGGUUAAGGCUGUGCUGUCAGCUUGGGAGAAAAGCUAUGGAACUACAGAUCAAGCAAGAGGUGCCACCGCAGACAGUGGCAAAUCUUCUGUUAGCAGUUCUGUGUUGUCUGUUCGCUCUUUCAGCCCACCUGCUGGAUCACUGGAGCCUCGAGGACUUGAUGAAGAUGUGGCAGAGAGCGCUGGUCGGCGACACUCCCAGGCGAGUGCUCAGUCUCAGAGGCACACCUUGUCACCAAAACGGAGCACAGCUGUCCCUAGUGUCACCCAGAUGUUGAGCAAAGGAGACGCAGCAGCAGCACCAGCAUCAAAAAGCUCUUGCUCCCAACAUGCGCGAGCCAAGCAGGUUACCAAAAUGAGUGAACAUCUGCUGAACACGACUAGCGACCUACUGAAUCAUUUAGCCUCAUCAGCCAGCUGCUGUGCCAGUGGUGAGGCUGUGGAGGAGGUAGAGGAUGAGGAGAAGAAGAAGAAAGUGGAGUCUGUAGAAGCAGAUGCAGCUGAGGCUGAAAGCAAAAGACCAAAUCAGUCAGCAGUGGCAUCAACCUCUCAUGCCAUGGCAAUCACCUCACAGCCCACGGUAGAACCUAAACCAAAAACUUCAUCUCUGUUCAGAACUGAAGCUAAAGGUCCAGAUGCUAGCCUUAGAAAAGGUCCUGACAGCAGUCUUCUUACAUCUGACUACACCCAAGCCAGUGGUCCAGAUAAAAGCUUAUAUUCUGGCCCUGACAGCAGCCGUCGGGCUGGCCCUCAAGGAGCCACAGGACCAGAUGUGUCUCUGAGGUGUGGCCCCCAAAGUUCUAUCCUUCAGGAGAACAGGAAUAACAGCAUCGCCGUCACAUCUGGGGCCCUCCUCAGCCAUGUGUAG